AUGUCUACACAUUCAGUUGAUUUAAUUGAUGGUUCUGAAAAGAAAGCUGAGUUCAUAAAUGAUUCAAAUGAUGUUGUCACAAAGGCAGAAGAAAAAAGAUUAAUAAAAAAGCUUGAUCUAAGACUCAUUCCUUUG